AUGCCAUCUCAUGGUUCUGUUCCGUCCCACGAGAGCGAUACUAGCCCAGGCCAUUCUGAGGUUUAUUCGGACCACGCUUCCGACACUGAUUCCUCCACCGAGCCCAGCGUCUUCGACUCAAGCAGCGAGUGUGAAGAUGAGCCCGAAGAUAAGCUGGUUUCGGAAGAUGAAGAGGAGCAACUUCCACCAGAAUACUACCUCCACGAAGCCGAGUCUCUUGAUGUCUCCCAGCUUCGACAGAAACGCUACAGCCCGAAUACCCAAAGGCAUUUAGAUGAUACGCAAUAUUUCUGGGACCAGUUCUGCAAAGGCACGAAGCGCGAUCCGGUGGAAUGUUUGUUCUGGCUGUCUGAUACCGAGGAGACAGUCCGCUUCCUCAAGGCUCUCUUCUCCUGGCGAUGUGACCAAAGACGGGGAAAGGAUGGACGUCACACCGCGGGAGUGAAUACCAAAAGCACGCUCGACGCAUUUUGGAAGUGGUGGCAUCUGAUCUACAAGGCCGAGGUUGGUCAUGGCGUCAGCAAAGAUGUCCAUGUUAAGAUCCGUGACGUGCUUGCGAUAGUUGCGACAGAAAACAGCCUUUCUCUGAAAGGUCGACCAAAAGUGACUAUGUAUGUCGAAGAUGUGGCCGAGUUUGCACGAGUGGUUCUAUCUACAACAGAGAUGACCUUCCCUUGUGGCUGGUACCGGAUUCAACUCCUUUUUUUCUGCCAGCUAGCUGCUAUCACCGGUAACCGUCCGGGGGCACUAUUGAAACUUCGCUUCCAGGACCUCAAGUUGACAUUAGUUCGAGAUCCAAAUGGUGGACGACCCCGACUGUUCAUUUAUUUGAGGCCGGAAUUCACAAAAACAUUUCUUGGCGGGAAAGAGUCGAAUACAUUCCCAAUUCCGGAAAUCAUCUUUGAUCCAACCCUGGUUCUCAGUCCUCAUGUUUUUCUGCUGGGCAUGCUCUUCAGGAUUGGUGCAUUCAAAAGUCUGUCCAAAGACGGCCCUGUGAUGGAUUGCCCUGAGAAAUUGUACCGUCUCCGGGUCCUCCAUGGACUUGGUGAGCAGGAACUAAAGCUAAAAGACGAGAUUCUCGAUCAAAACGUAUUUUGCCAAGCACUACGGGAGCCUGGUGGGAUUCGAAUUGCUCCAGAAGAAAAACUUACCAAGGGAUAG